UCAUGAAACGACAACCGCCGUUUUCCUCCUUGAAACCUCCUUUUGUAGCUUCCGGAGAUUAUCACCGGUUUGCCCCUGACCACCGCAGAAUUCUCGACCAAGAAACUGAAGCUAUCGUCGUUAAGACUCCGAAGGCCUUGCUUUGAUUCAAAAUCAGACUCAGCGGAAAUUGAGUGUGGUGUUUGCGGCCGCAUUUUGUGCUGAAUUACCUGAUUGUGGGCAAAGCAAGGGUCUUACCACAUAAAACCGUUCACUCUGGCCACAAAUUAGAAGUUUCUGUACAUGAGCUGGUGUUUUUAAGCAAGAACCUCAAAGACUCUCCUACUGAGAAAAAGUAAAGAAGAAUAAUGUAGUAGAAGAAAGGCAUAAGAAGAAACAGGGAAGGAGGAAAAUAAAGCUGCAAUAUGGUGGCUUUUUUUUUCUUCAUUUUUUGGUCAAAUGUAGUGGCUGUCUAAUGUUUGAUUUCAGGGAGGGAACAUUUUAAAUUUAGGAUUUCCCCAUAUUGGGCACUAAAUAAGUCUAAUGAUGGGCCACCACCCCCUUUUUUCUACCCACACCCCCUUUUUGUACCCAGAGAAAACUAAAAUGCCUCAGACAUCACCUCUUCAACCCAUCUUUUCAUUCAGCUCCUCCUCUUUGCAAUAGUGGCUAUCCCACUACCCUCUACCACUAUCCCAAUUUUUCAUUUUGCUUCUCUGCACUGCUAUCCCAGAUAAACAACAUAGAUUUAUGAUUAAAUUACAAUUGAAGCGGAAAAGUGAAGCAGCUGGUUUUGAAGCUGAUUCAGGUGUUAGGAUGACUCCUGGAUCUACUGAAGCAGCCAAUAGUCCUUCUCAGACGCCUGUAUCCGGGAAGACGGGGAAGGGAGGCAAAUCCUCUAAGCUGACAAAAUGCAACAGAUCUGGAAUUCAAACCCCAGGCUCAAAUAUUGGUUCUCCUUCAGGAAAUAAUCUCACCCCUGCUGGUCCAUGUCGAUAUGACAGCUCUUUAGGUCUGUUGACAAAAAAGUUCAUCAAUUUAAUUAAACAAGCAGAGGAUGGUAUUCUUGAUCUAAAUAAAGCUGCUGACACAUUAGAGGUGCAAAAGAGGAGGAUAUAUGAUAUAACAAAUGUUCUUGAAGGGAUUGGCCUUAUAGAGAAAAAGCUCAAGAACAGAAUUCAGUGGAAGGGCUUGGAUGUUUCAAAGCCAGGGGAGGCUGAUGAUAGUUUUGCUAGUUUACAGGCAGAAAUUGAAAAUUUAACCAUGGAGGAACGCCGGUUAGAUGAACAAAUAAGGGAGAUGCAAGAAAGACUACGGGGUCUUAGUGAAGAUGAAAAUAAUGAGAAGUUGCUUUUUGUCACUGAGGAAGAUAUAAAGAACUUGCCCUGCUUCCAGAAUGAAACCUUGAUAGCAAUUAAAGCUCCACAUGGAACCACUUUGGAAGUCCCUGAUCCAGAUGAGGCCGCUGAUUAUCCACAGAGGAGAUACAGGAUAGUCCUGAGAAGCACAAUGGGCCCAAUAGAUGUUUACCUUGUUAGUCAAUUUGAAGAGAAGUUUGAGGAGAUCAACGGUGUUGAGGUUACACCCAAAAUUCCAUCUAGUCCAGAAGUUAGCCAGCAUCCAUCAACUGUGGUCCCAGAGGACAAAGGGAAGGAAAUAGAAGUGCAGAGACAAGACGGUGAAGGGCCUAGUUCAGAUCUUACCAACAAUCACGACUUCGUGAGUGGGAUCAUGAAGAUUGUUCCUUCAGAUGUUGCUAGUGAUGCCGAUUACUGGCUUUUAUCAGAUGCCGAUGUUAGCAUAACCGACAUGUGGAGAACAGAACCUGGAGUUGAAUGGAAUGAACUCAACGCACUUCAAGAAGAUUAUUGUAUGGCUCAUGAGGACAAUACAACCCCAAAUCAUCCUUUGAACAUAGCUCGUGAGGACAAUACAUCCCCAAGUCAUCCUUCAAACAUAGGUGAAGUGUCUUCUGCAGCCAACCCUACUGUAGAUUGAAGCCUUGAAAGUGUUAAUUGUGAAUCUAAAGAGAAAAUGGUAUUCUUUCUCCGACUGAGAACCUAUGAUGUCCAGCCAUCCCCCCUGUUGUAUCCUCUUCAACAUAGUCCCAGAGGUUGGAUUGAAGGUUCCUAGAAGCUCGUCCCGAGGAACUAAAUGGCCAGUCAAAUGGCUAAUUGUACAGUUAGUAUUAGGUAGUCCAUGCAACUUUGCACUUCAUGAGGAAAAAACCUAUGGCUUUGGUGAACCCAUCUUUUGUAUAUUGUUGUAAGUCUCGGCUUUCUAGUGCAGCUAACUCAAUUAGCUCAAUAUGUGUUUGCAAAGAAAUAAAUGAAAACAUUUCAGAUUGUUAACUGAAAUAGAAUAAUGCUCUCAGGCAAUGUGCAUUUUUCAGCUAACUGUUGGUCAAAUGAUAAGUUUCAUAUGACAUUCUAUGAUCAUUACGUUUCUUUGGAAACUUGUAAA